AUUUAAUGAAAGUUGCUAUCACAUUAUUGGUUGUAUUAGCUCUCGCUAACGCUGGUAUGGUGCAAAAAUUCCCACUCACAUAUGGUGGAAAGAGAAGCAUCAUGAAUAUCAUGGUUGAAGUUGAAAACAAGAUCAAAGCCCACUCACCACUUGACACAAUCAAGGGAGUUCUUGAUAACUUCAAAUCUGCAGUCGCUUAAGAAUAAGGAACACACGAUGAAGUCUAUGGAGCUUAAAAGGCUGAAUGCGAAAGCGAAAUUGCUUACAGAAGAGCUGAAGUCGAAGAUGCUACUGGUACACUCAAAAUUGCCAACGGUAUCUUGAAGACCGCAAACAUCUUAUUAAAGAAGACCUAAGCCACACUCGGUGAAACUGAAAACAUCUUGAACACCGUCUCACAACACAUUGGUCUCAUCAAUGAUGCCAGAAAAGAAGAUACUUAAUCAUACAACAGAGGUGCAGUCACAUUCAACGAUGCCAUCAACGCCAUCGAUGACUCCCUUGAUUUGGCCGCCGCUUUAGCUAAAGGAGGAGCCAGUUUGAUCUAAGUUGCUGAAAUGACAACCAAAUUGAUGAAGGCUUCAGUUGCCACCAAGAUGAACAAAGCUUUCAUGGCCCCAUUGGCUGCUUUAUCUUAAAUCACAUAAGAAGAAGACUCAGUAGGUGCUGCUGAAAGACUUGCUUAAUUAUUGUAAACCUUGAGAACCAACGUUGAAGAAGCUUGGGCCUCAUACACUGCUGAAAACACCAACGCUUUGGCUCUUUUCACCUAAUAAAAGGAUUUAUAUCUUGCUUCAUAAGUCAGACUUGACGAAUCAAAGGGAAGAUUAAGCAGCAAGGCUGAAAACUUAUAAGGAGUCAUCUCUGUCUAAACCGCAGUUGCUUAAGCCGCCACCAACAAGAGAUAAAGAAACUAAACCUUAUGGGAUGAUGCUGCUGAUUUGUGCCACAGCUUCGAUGUUGAAUAUGAAGCCGUCACUGCAGGAAGAAGAUAAGAAUUAGUUUUGGUCUAAGAAUUAGAAAGAUUAGCUGAAAGAAGAGCUGCUGAAUAAUAAUGAGAUAUAAUCCAAUCCAUUAUUUUAUUCAUUCUUUUUCAAAU